GAAGGAGGCUUGAAGGAAGCGAGGAAAUAGUAUCUUGCAGCCCGUUCCUAAUUCUUAUACUCAAUAAUUCUUUCUACCCAUUUUUGGAUGGUUUAUUCCUGACGAGAUUAUAAUGCUCCAUAGAUUCAUUGAGUGAAAAGCCUCUUUGAGCCCAUUUGGAAUUGUGUUUCUGUACAAAUUUUCAAAUAAUUUUAAAAUGAAGAAAGGCAGAGGUCGAACUUACCGAAAGAGACACAGAAAACAAUCUAUAGCUUUUUCUUCAAGUGGUGUAAAUUUGAGUUAUAAAACUGAAUAUAUACUUCUUAAGAAGUGGUUGAAAGAAAAAGGCUACAAGAAUAAUAAUUUAAAUCCAGCAGUGUUUUCAGAAACAGGAAGGGGAUUGAUGACCACAAAAACGCUUCAGGCUGAAGAGCUGAUUAUUUCUUUGCCUGAAAAGUGCUUGCUUACUUCCAAUACUGUGCUUAACAGUUACCUCAGAGAAUAUAUUUUAAAAUGGAAGCCUCCAAUUUCUCCCUUGAUAGCAUUAUGUUCAUUUUUAAUAGCAGAGAAGUGGUUCCAUAGGAAAUCUGUGUGGAAGCCAUACCUGGAUCUCUUACCUAAAACAUAUACCUGUCCUGUUUAUUUGGAGCAAGAAACACUGAACCUUUUCCCCGAGCCCUUGAGAAGAAAGGCUCUCGAGCAACGAUCAUUGAUCCAGGACCUUUUUGCUUCUUCAAAGCAAUUCUUCUCUUCUUUGCAGCCUUUAUUUCCUGAAAAUGUGGAGAUUAUUUUUAACUUCAGUGCCUUCCAGUGGGCCUGGUGCACUAUAAAUACAAGAACAGUGUUUAUGAAACAUUCACAGAAAGACUGUUUUUCUAGAGAGCCAGAUAUUUAUGCUCUAGCUCCGUUUCUGGAUCUGCUAAAUCACAAUCCAAAGGCCCAGGUGAAAGCUUCGUUUAAUGAAAAUACAAAAUGUUAUGAAAUAAAAACACAUCUGGGCUAUCAGAAAUACAAAGAAGUAUACAUUUCUUACGGCCCUCAUGACAACCAGCGACUACUUUUAGAAUAUGGGUUUGUUGCUUCUGAUAAUCCACACAGCUGUGUGCAUGUUAGUACAGAUACAUUGCUUAAAUAUGUUUAUUCAGAAGACAAACAGAAAUCUAUGAAACUUUCCAUUUUACAAGAGCACAAGAUGUUAGAUGAUCUGACGUUUGGCUGGGAUGGACCAUCUUGGACACUUCUUACAGCUCUUAAAUUGUUAUGUCUUGAAGCAGAUGAAUUUACUUUGUGGAAAAAAAUAGUGCUUGGAGAUGUUGCUUCAAGGAAGAAUGAAGAAAAGAGUGUGGCCUUUGCAACAAAAAUAUGUACGUCAUUGAUGGAAGAAACUCGGCAUGUACUUCAGAAGGUUUCAGAUUUAAAAAAUUGUUAUGAACAUCUUGUGAAUCAACUGACUUUGGUGGAAGCAUUACAUACAGAAAAUCUAAGAAUCCUGCAGCUUUCAUAUGAGAUUCUUCAGCAUUUACCCUCCACAACCAUUUAAUUUUCUAAAACAAAAUUGUACUAGUUUCUGCAACAACAAAACAAUUUAAUAUUCAGCGUGAACACUUUGUAAAAUAUAAACAGAAAAAAUAAACAAACCAAGAAUACAUAGAUCUUUAAAAUCCUUUAAUUAAGACUGCAUUUUGUCAUCUUGUCAGCAUUCCUAUUACCAUCUCCUCCCACUUAUGACUGUAUGACUGUAACCUUGUUGCUGGUAUCCUUACAAUUUAUAUUGACUGUUUCUAACAUAAUUUGAUUGCUUAUUUGUACCCUAUGACUAUCUUUAAGUGUUGUACCUUAUUCUUGAUGAAUGUAUCUUUUUCUUUUUAUGUACACUGACAGCAUAUGCACCAAGACAAAUUCCUUGUGUGUCCAAUCACACUUGGCCAAUAAACUAUUCUAUUCUAUUCUAUUCUAUUCUAUUCUAUUCUAUUCUAUUCUAUUCUAUUCACCAGAAAGAAAAUGUUGGACCAAAAUAUUUUAAAAGCGGAGAUAAUGAGGCCAUAAGGAUAUGUAGUUUAAGUGAUAAUUUAGAGCAGAGCUGUCAAACUCCCGGCCCAUGGGCUGGAUGCGUCACAUGCUGGCCAGACCCACGCCCAGUUUAGUGAAGGAAAAAGGUCCUGAUAUGCCAUAUGACGCUGUUGUAAUGACAUGAGUGACACCUCUGAUUAACAGCAAUGUUUCUUAACCUUCCCAAUUUUAAAACAUAUAGAGGUCCUCAAAAAAGUUUUUGUUUGCAUUGACUAUAUUUACCAAUGUUUAGCAUAUUAAAAAUUAAAAUUGAUGCAUUUGCUAAUGCUACCUAUUCUCACAAUUAUUCAACGGGAUUUUAAUAUUUUUUUUCAGAAUAGGCUGGCAAAUUGAUUUUGUGGGCCUCUGUGAGGUUCUUGGGAUACUCCCAAAAGUUCUAGGAUCACAGUUUAAAAAACCCUUCUUCAAAGAAAUUAAUUUAGUUUUCAUGAGCUAGAAUUUCUUCAGCAAUGAUGGCAUAUGAAAGGCUGAUGGAAAAGGAUGGAAGUUGCUUCCCCUCUGAAACACGAUAUUUUUAAAAUCUCUGCUUGUUUACUUAUUAAUUAUUAAUGAAAGUCAUUUGAAUUUUAACUUCUUUUAGGCUGCUGAUGGAUUUAGAUUCUGGCUGUCCCUUUGACACAUAUGUUGAGCUGGAGUAGAUAAGCUGAACUUCUUGAGAGAUGUGCACUAGAGAAAUAAUUGUGUGAACUUUCUGAAGUUUGUUCAGAAUUUCUGAAAUUUGGUUCUUGAAAAAUACUAGUAAAUGUAACCAUCAAAAAUAGCUUAUGUCUACAAACACUUUAGAACUGGCAAAUCACACAUAUCUGUUUUGCAGUUUGUGGCUAGAAGACCCAUUCAUGUAUUUCUGGUUUUCUUGAAUUCUAAGACUGCUUCAUCUUCACUCCUUGUAUAUUUGAACAUUACUUGUUUUCUUCUCACCUAGCCCACCCAUUUUAUAAAUUUUGAAUUCGUUAAUAUCAUCAUUAAGUUCAGAUGUACAGUUUGCAUUUUAACUACUGGAGAAGAUCAUUCACAACUGUGUUUAAUGCCACUGUAAAAAAUAGCCUGAUUUUACCUCCUUUCUGAAACCUAACAAAUAGCUGUUUUAAGUUUUUCUACAGAAAUUGUCAGUCAUUUUACUAUAUACAUCAGACAGAUUAGAGAGCAGUGUUUUGUAUAUGGCAAAGCUAAACAUUUUUUAUGUGAUUUAGAAUUUGCUUACAACUUUUUUAAAAGGUGCAAAGAAUAUCUUUUGGAAUGAUGCUAAUUUUAAAUAAUGUACUAAACAAAUUGUAAAAAAUACAUUGUAUAGAACAGUAUAGAACAAUGAAUAUAUGUAUUGUACAUGUUAUGACAGUAGAAAUUAUUUUGUGUGUCUUUGUGGUUUAGCUCUUAUGGCUACAGUGCUCAUGAAAAGAGAAUAUGGGUGAUCUCAGAAGUUCCUUGAUAUCAUUUUACAGCUAUCAUUAGAAUGGUUUUUAGUUUCCCUCUUUCAGCUAUAAAAUAGGGUAAUCAUUCAUCAUGGGUUAGUGCUUUUAGACCUGUCCAUUCAGGAAAAGAUAAGAUAGUAUCAACUUUCAAACUUAGUUAAUUAAAGCUUUUAAGUGCAUUAUGAAUGAAAUAUCAAAAGAUGACACUCACUAGGGGGAAAGAUCUGUAAGUGAUGUGGUCAGUGAUUUGGUGUUUUUGGAAGUGAAUUUUUCCUUAGAAAUAUGAAGCUGUGUAGAAGAAAUUGGCAUUUUCAUAAGAGUAUAUGAAAUAAUUCCCAUUAUGCAGCAUUUGUAAAUAUAGAUGAAGAUAAUAAAGAAGGAUAUAAGAAAAACUUAA